CGAGCAAACUUUAAGAUUAAAUUGACAAGAGAGGAAAAUCUUUUUAGGAAACAUGGAAGAUAAACCAACAACGUCAACCUACAAUGCAGUCACAUGUUAUCGUGAACAAACCAAAUAUCAUUCUACACCUGAGAGUGAGGACCAAACAUCAUCCUCCUCCUCUUCAGAUGAGGAACCUCAGCCCAUUCUGGGCAGCUUUGCCUCUCCCUCCUCUAUUUACCUGAUCCACUCGUUCAUCGGGGAGGGCACCUUUGGAAAAGUGGCCAAGUGCUCCAAAACAGCAACAAAGGAAAUAGUGGCUGUAAAGAUCAUCAAGACAAGCCACGUGACAACUGAUGCCAGGAAUGAGGUGGACACACUCAUGAGGUUGAGGGCUUUUGAUCCUGACAGAUACAACUUUGUGAGAUGCAACGAUGCAUUUAUCUACAGAGACCAUGUUUGUAUUGAUUUUGAAAAGCUGGACAUGAGUCUUCUGGAUUUUAUGUACAAGAGACCUGAACGCUCGCUCACAGUGAAGGAAAUCCGACCAAUCCUACACCAGGUAUGCACCACUUCUCUUCACACUGAAACUAUAGCCCUUGAUUUUGAAGCAGGCUUCCACUAAUUGAAAGAACCUUUGACAAUUCUCAAUGAAAACACU